AUGGUCGCUGAGAACCGGAAUAUGUCUUUGAAGCAGCUUGCAGCUGUACACGAAGAGCUCAAGGUAUUGGCAAUCUCAUUGAGUUCCAUUCGAGUCAUAGAUCCUCGCGAGAUGAGCAAGGAGUUGAAUGAUCACAUAGCAAACACUCGCACACUCAUACUGGAGUCCCACAAGCUUUCAGCGAAAGAAAGAAAGCUUUUGGAGGACAUCAAUGACCUUGCACAGACGUGUAUAAAAAUGGUUAGAGUCCGUCGAAGGCUUGAAACCAACGAGAUUGAGCAUCGAGGUCAAUCUUGUUCCUAA